AUGCCUGGCCUGUUGAACCUUCUCACGGGAGCGGCCCUGCCCCUCACCGCGUCCGAUGUCACCUCCUUCGUCAGCGGCUACGCCCUGGGCCUGACCGCCUCCCUCACUUAUGGCAACCUGGAACCUCAACCCUUCCAAGGUCUCUUUGUGUACCCACUGGAUGAACACACGACUGUGAUAGGCUUCGAGGCUGCCAUUGCCGACCGGGUUGUCACGGUACAGAUCAAGGACAAAGCCAAGUUGGAGAGAGGCCAGUUCGAAACCUCCGGGGUGCGAACAGCAACUGUCACAGGGAACAUCCUGCAAGAAGGGGUUUCCAUCACCCCUCACUCCUGCACACCGGGAAAGGUGGCCUUGGACGAGGAUUUGGAGCGCAUCCUGUUUGUGGUCAACCUGGGCACCAUCGCCCCCAUGGAGAAUGUCAUCAUCUUCAUUAGCACCUCCUCGGAACUUCUGACGCUGCCCAGCGGGGCCGUGAGGGUCCUGCUGCCCGCUGUCUGCGCCCCAACUGUGCCCCAGUUCUGCACCAAAAGCCCCAGCUUCUCCACUCACCAAGCCCAGGGCAAAGACAGGCAUUGUUUUGGCCCCCGGGCCCUGGACUCCUGGAAUAAGCUGUGCCUGGCAACUUUGCUAGACACUAAUGUGUCCAACCCCAUGGAGUACGACUUCAACUUCCAGCUGGAGAUCCGGGGGCCAUGCUUGCUUGCAGGAGUGGAAAGUCCCACGCAUGAGAUUCGUGCCGACGCUGCCCCCUCAGCCUGUUCAGCCAAGAGCAUCAUCAUCACCCUGGCCAACAAGCACACCUUCGACCGACCCGUGGAGAUCCUCAUCCACCCCAGCGAGCCCCACAUGCCUCAUGUCCUGAUGGAGAAAGGGGACAUGACCCUGGGGGAGUUUGACAAACACCUCAAGGGAAGGACCGACUUCAUCAAAGGCACCAAGAAAGACAGCAGCGUCGAGCGGAAGACAGAAAUCAUCCGGAAACGCCUUCACAAAGAUAUCCCCCACCACUCCGUGAUCAUGCUCAACUUCUGUCCAGAUCUCCAGUCGGUGAAGCCGAACCUGAGGAAGAGCCAUGGGGAAUUCAUCUUCCUGGUGGACAGGAGUGGCAGCAUGAGCGGCACCAACAUCCUCCGCGUCAAGGAUGCCUUGCUGGUGGCGCUGAAGAGCCUCAUGCCAACCUGCCUCUUCAACGUCAUUGGGUUUGGAUCCACAUUCAAGACUCUCUUCCCUUCCAGCCAGACCUACAAUGAGGAGAGCCUGGCCCUGGCCUGUGACAACAUCCAGAGGAUGCGCGCCGACAUGGGUGGCACCAACAUCCUUUCCCCACUCAAGUGGAUCGUCCGGCAGCCGGUGCACCAGGGCCACCCACGGCUCCUCUUCCUCAUCACGGACGGCGUUGUCAACAACACCGGGAAGGUGCUGGAGCUGGUGCGCAACCAUGCCUUUUCCACCAGGUGCUAUAGCUUUGGCAUUGGACCCAACGUCUGCCACAGGCUGGUGAAAGGCCUAGCGUGUGUGUCCAAGGGGAGUGCUGAGUUCCUGGUGGAGGGGGAGCGGCUGCAACCCAAGAUGAUCAAAUCUUUGAAGAAGGCAAUGGCGCCUGUCUUGAGUGAUGUGACAGUGGAGUGGAUCUUCCCUGAGACCACCGAAGUCCUGAUCUCACCCGUCAGCAGCAGCUCCCUCUUCCCAGGCGAGCGGCUGGUGGGCUAUGGCAUCGUGUGUGAUGCUUCCUUGUACAUCUCCAAUCCCAGAUCUGACAGCAAGCGGCAGCGGUGCAACUCACUGCAGUCCCAAGAGUCCAGCAGCUCGGUCUUCUGCCACUCUCCAGAUGAGGGGCCUGGCCCAGACAGCGGCGACUGUGCAAAGAGCGUGGGGGCACCCUUCCACCUGGAGCAGGCCAGGGACACCCGGCUGUUCAGCGGAGACUCCACCCCUCAUGCAGGUCUGGACUCCUCCCCACGACGCAGGGCUUACAGCACCAACCAAAUCCCCAACCCCAAGCCCUGCCCAAGGGCCAUCACGGCCAGUGACCCCACUGUGCCUGCCAGGAGAUACCCACUGCGGAAGGCCAAGCUGCAGGACCUCUCUAAUCAGCCCACCUCAGAUGUUGCCACUGCCGCCGCUGCCUCUGCCACCCGUGGGCAAAUCAGUGUGCAGCCCUUGCCAAGCGCUGGCCAAGACAGGAACCAGGUCCCCAAACUCCACGGCCCUGGGGCCCGUAGGCCCUCUCUGCUGCCCCAAGCCUGCCAGCCCCUCCAGCCCUCCAACCAGGAUGCUCAGGCCUGGAGUCCCCUGGGAGAACAGGAUCAAGGCUCCAGCCAGAAGGCUGCGUCAGACCCCUGCAGUCCCAGGGAGCUAGAGCCUUCCCGUCACUCCUCCACCUUGGAGACAGAGACAUCCUCGGACUGGGAGCCCCCGGCUGAGUCGGAAAAGCCCACCAGUCCUGGAAGAUCCACCACCCCUCGCCCGGUGCUGGGCAAGGCCCUGGUCAGAGGUCUGCGUGAUAGCCAGCACCUGCAAUGGGAGGUGAGCUUCGAACUGGGGCCCCCUGGCCCGGCGCGAGGCAGUGGGCGCGACAACGACCUGUGGAGCGAGACCUUCCACCACCUGGCAGCCCGUGCCAUCAUCCGUGACUUCGAGCAGCUGGCGGAGCGCGAAGGCGAGAUCGAGCAGGGGUCCAACCGCCGCUAUCAGGUGAAUGCCGUGCACACCAGCAAGGCAUGCAAUGUCAUCAGCAAAUACACAGCCUUUGUGCCCGUGGACUUGAGCAAGAGUCGGUACCUCCCCACCGUGGUGGAAUACCCCAAUGCUGGGGUGGGCUUGCGGAUGCUCAGCUCUCGGGUCCUGACUCGACAGUGGAAAGGCACCUCUGCGGGCUUCGGACGGUCCCAGGCCACGCUCAAAGAGGACUCGGCAGCAGGAGAUGGCAAAUUCCAUGUCCCAAGCAGGGAGGAGAGCCCAGGAGUGACCAUUAGAGAGAUCCUGUCCCCUAGCCGCGAGAAGCACACGGCCUUGGAAGGGUCCGUGCGCAACCUGCCUCCUGAUUCCCUCUCUUCCAUCAAGGCCUCAGACGCAGUUUUUGGAUCCAGGCUGAAUCUCAACAAGACCAAGCUGUUGACACGGGCAGCCAAAGGCUUCCUGGGCAAGCCACUGGCCAGGACUCCUGAGGUGGCCUCGGGCAGCCGGAGCUCUGACUACAUCCCGCUGGUGUCUCUGCAGCUGGCCUCCGGAGCCUUCCUGCUCAACCAAGCCUUCUGCGAGGCCAUCCAGAUCCCUAUGGAGAAGCUCAAAUGGGCCUCGCCCUUCACCUGCCACCGUGUGUCAUUCACGGCCCGCCAGGCAGAGCCCGAGGCCCGUGGCUCCCAGCCGUGCACCCCAGCACAGCACCCCACAUGCACCAGCAUCUCCCUAGAUCCCUUAGCUGAGGGCCGGCCGGCCUUGGAGCCCGGGGCGAUGGUGGAGCACACAGGAAAGCUGUGGGCCACCGUGGUGGGGCUGGCCUGGCUGGAACACAGCUCUGCCUCCUACUUCAUCGAAUGGGAGCUGGUGGCAGCCAAAGCUGACCGGUGGCUGGAGCAGCAGGAGGUACCUGAAGGCCGCUCUCGGGGCACACUCAGGGCCGCCGCCCGCCAGCUCUUCGUGCUUCUGCGGCACUGGGAUGAAAACCUGGAGUUCAACCUGCUCUGCUACAACCCGAGCUACGUGUAG